AGUGAGCCGUAGCAAACGUAUAACAGCCUGUCGACGGGCGGUGACUACCGAAUUUCCAUCUAUCUACCGGUAUCCAUCCAUACGCACUUACGUACUUCCAUCGAUUCGAGGGCUACCAAAAACGAACAGAACGGGUUCGAUCUCUGGGACUUUUGCCGAUUGUAUCACGAACGAAGCAUGUCUCUGUUUGUUCCUCCACACCGGCACGACGAGCAUCACAGCCGGCAUCASGUGCCGCCACGGGUUCAUCGUCGCCCCGCCGGGAAUCCGAUGCCCAAGGGUCUUGCUCUCGUCCUGCUCUCGCUCCUCCUCCUUUCCAAGGGGUGUCUUUGCUCGGCCGACGCCUACGCGAGCGGCUCCCCCCCUUCCCACGGCCGAAUCGCGGGGGAUGCUGUUGCCCUCAUGGACGCAAAGGCACUCCUGCUAUCGGCGGGGGUCUCGGAAGGAAACCUGUGCAGGGAACGGGCACCGGCGGCCGGUGSGGGGGAAGACGACGCUCAUUGGGCGGAACAACUCCCCCUCUGCGAYCCMUCYGGUUCGGAUGCCGACAACAGYGGGGCGGACGCGGGACGGCGGUGGUGGAAGCAACGGAGGGGCUCCAGGAAACUCGAGGAGSAGAUCACCCUCGAGGGAGACCCCUGGUCCUUUUUCGUCAUGGCGUCGUGYGCCCUGGCCUGCGUCACGACGGCCGCCCUGGCCGCAGGUCUGAGCAUGGGGAUGCUCUCGCUCGAUCCGCUGAUGCUCCUCGUCAAGAUCCGGGCGYCGCGCUCCCCGGAGGAAAAGGAGCAGGCGGAGUCCCUCCUUCCCAUCGUCAAGAAGCACCACCUGCURCUCGUGACGCUCUUGCUCCUGAACUCGAUGGCGAACGAGGCCCUCCCGCURUUCCUCGAUCGCCUGGUGCCCCCGUACCUCGCGGUUCUCCUCUCGGUGACCUUUGUACUGAUGUGAGUAGACCCCGAUCGUUCGCGCUGGGUCACCGCCAACCCGGGAUGUKKGGAUCGACGCUCGGUGCGCGCACUGCCGUUCUAACCGAUSUUUCGCUUUCCUCUUUUCCAAUGCUUAGCUUCGGCGAGAUCGUUCCGAGCGCGAUUUUUACGGGUCCCAAAAAAAUCGAGCUGGCAAGCAAAAUGGUGGGUUUUGRCGUUAUARUGACUCUCGUACYUUUCUGUUUUAUUUUUUCUCUUUCUGUAAGAGUUUUUGUAUGGACCGGCGAAGCCUGCACUGACGUCUUUGUGCGAAACACCGCRUGCYUUUUCUAUCUUUUUAGGUUCCAAUGGUGAAAGUCGUCAUGAUUCUGGUAUGGCCAAUUACCUAUCCCAUCGCCAAGAUWCUGGACCACCUUUUGCACGCCGAAGACGAGGACGGGGAGAGCGCCUUUGACCGGGGCGAAAUUUCGGCCCUUGUGCGGAUUCAAUACGAGGAACGAGUUGCCAACAAACGACGGCGRACCCUUGGUCGCAUGGCAAGUAYGAGGGCUUCCGGCCGCGAUUUCGCCAGCGCGAUAGWUAGCAGCCAAGAAGCCGACAUCGAGGCCUUUGCGGGAUYUAGCUCGAAUAGAGAUUUGAUGSAGAGACAAUCUUCCGGGCUCUCGUCGAUCAGCGAWKCCCGAACUUUCCGAGAGUCCAUACACAUGGACGAAGUGAUGAUGGUCGAGGGCGCCCUCCAGAUGAAGACCAAAACGGCAUACGACGUUUUGACCCCCAUCCAUAGAAUGUAUGCCGUUCCCGAGGACCUAAUUCUGAACGAGGAGAGCAUUGUUGAUAUUUAUUCUUCCGGUUACAGUCGGAUUCCGGUGUACGAGCGCAAUCCUUCGAAACCAAAGUGCAAAGACGCAAUAAAAGGCAUCCUGAGUACMAAAAAUCUGAUCGUUGUCAACUCGACCGAAAACCGUCCCCUACGAACGAUGCCGCUCCUCACUCCUCCGUGCGUWUCGCCGGUGAUGAACCUUGUGGAGCUCGUCAAYUUGUUUCAAACYGGAAGAGAAGGUCAUUUCGCUUUGGUCUGCACCCGRCCCCGUGUCGGAACCGCGGCAUUGGGGGAAUCGAAACCUCUACCRGCCGCGGCAGGUUUGCUGGGGUAAGUUUUUUKAUUCGUGAAGUAUAUUGGAUUCUUAUCAACCCACAUGCGGUGUUGAAAUUGACUUCUUCUCAUUCUGGACUUCGYGGCGUUUCUCUCGAACAACAAUGCAGGGUAAUCACGUUAGAAGAUGUACUGGAAGAGUUACUGCAAGAGGAAAUUCUUGACGAAAAUGAUCUGGUUGAAAAGGACGCGAAACGCCGCAUUGCUCAAUGGGUCGGUACGAAAUGGAAGAACCAGAAAAGAAAACGCGAUUUGAGAGCGCAGGGCAAACACGCAUCGCUCGCUUCUGUUGCAGAAACAAUGCAAGCGACAAACGAAUCGACAUCUUUGCUCGGAAGAAAUGGGAAURGAAGGGAGCAUCCUAGGAAGAAGAACCAAAGCAUCCUAGGCUCUAUUUACCAAACGAUGGGUCUUGAAUGAGCAGGCCAGCAAAAACAUGGUCCGAAACUUCAGAUCAAUAGAACAACGUACUGAAA